AUGUUCGGUCUCUUCUCCUGUCAAAGGCAACGAGAAUCACAACAGGAUUGCAUCUCCCAUGGUGGUUCUUUGGUCCUUCUUUCCUUGGGCCCGAUGGUGUGUUGGUCGCGAAUGGUUCCUUGCUCGCGUACUCUUUCCUGUUUCUUCAACACCACUCGGUCUCCUGAUCUUGAUACGUAUUCUACGCCUGAUCCUGAUGCUGCAUUUUCAGACAAGCCGCCCGACACGUCUUCCUUUGUCCCCAAGCACAACAACAACAUCAUGGGACCCACCAGCCAUCCUGUCGGCGUAGAACCAACCAAGACUGCUUCGAUUCCAAGAGCUACUGGCACGACGCGAACUCGAAUCCAAGAAAUGCACGCCGCCCUCGAUCUCCCAGUACGUCUCUUGACAACCGGCAAGGUAGCACAACGACAAGUAAAUCGACGGUUGCGUCGUCCAAGUCUUCAGUCUUCCAUUCAAGUAGAGCCGCAAGCAUAG